CAAACGUGCGAAGAAGUUGUCUGCGGGCGGACGUGCACAUUUUGUUAUGUCAAUAUCAACACGACAAAUAUAACUUUCCACAUUCCUACGAGUUUUUAUACCGGUGUUUGCAUUCACAGCAACAACAACCGUAAUUAGAUCGUUGCCAGGGUUCGCAGCCAAGUCAAUAGAGCAGCAGCAAUGGACGCACACGCGCAUCACAACACACCCAGCGUGGAGCUUAUAGAUCAUUCCUUGCAUGGACACGAUCACGCUGGCAUGCAUCAUGAGCACGAUCACAUGGCGCUGAAUCCAACAACGUUGAGUCCGCCGCUGGCAACGCCACACGCGGAUCACAGCAUGCAUGCGGGUCAUCAUCAUGGCGGCACUGGAACAGGCAUGGAGCACAUGAUGUCCAUGGCGUUCCACUUUGGCUACAACGAGACCAUACUCUUCUCCUGGUGGCACAUCGAGACAGUGGCUGGCUUGGUGGGCUCCAUGGUGGCCAUCUUCUUGCUGGCGCUGCUCUACGAGGGCUUGAAGUACUAUCGCGAGUAUCUCUUCUGGAAGACCUACAAUCUGCUGGAGUAUCGACCAGUGACGGGGCCGCAGCGCAAUCCGGAGGCGCCACGCCUGCCCACGCCCGCCGCAGCUGCGCCCUCGCCCGUACAAUAUGUGGGUGAGGUGGUUCACAAGCAACCGCCAUCGAUGCUAUCGAUUAGCCAUCUGUAUCAGACGCUGUUGCACGUGCUGCAGGUGACAUUAUCCUUUCUGCUGAUGUUGAUCUUCAUGACCUACAAUGUGUGGCUCUGCUUGAUGGUGGUGCUGGGCGCUGGCGUUGGCUACUUUCUGUUCUGCUGGAAGAAAUCCGUGAUUAUGGAUGUGACCGAGCAUUGUCACUAGCGGCGCGUGAGCAGAGCCGAGUCCUUGCAAUCCAGCCAGCGUUGUCUCACACAAGAUAUGCCAUGACAGGAGCCAGCAGGGACAGCGCUCUAAGUACGCGUUAUCAAUGCCCAAAUUCUCGAAAUGUCUACAGUACAGCAACAACAGCAACAACAAUAACACCAACAACUUUAACUACAACAACUACAAAGGAAAUGAAUUACAACAAAGGCAGACAAGACACACAUACAUACAUAUAUACCUAGUUAUAGUUAUAAACAAUGCAUAUUACAAGUUUUCCCACAACACUAUUUUUUUUAGGUAUUAACAUAAUUUUUUAACAAAACAGAACUGUGAAAUUUUUCAAAAAAGAAACAAAAAAUGUAUAUAAGCAAAGCAAAAUCAAAGCGAAAAAUAUGCCGCAGCUUAGGCCACAAUAUUCACGUUAAGAACAAAGUAAAUAGUUAUUAACAAAAGACACUUCCCAUAUGCAUUAUGUUUAUGAAAACUGCGAACAAAAACAAACACAUUGUAUAAAUUGUAAAGAAAAGAAAAGUUUAACAAGCUGUUAUUAGUACUCUGUGUAAUUUAACUAAAAAGCAAACAAUAAUAAUAUUCAUAUUGUUAGUAGUAAUAUAA